AUGCCUCGUCGAACGGACGCAACGACUUCAGUUGCAAACGACUAUGGUACCCGUCCUGGUCAACUGGAUCGUGCGCAUCGGCUAUUCACCCUGCUCAACCACUGGCUGCACUGGAGCUCUGCAAUCAUUGUCAUGUCCAUCGCAGCAUAUUUUAUCUCAGCCUACCAUGACAACACCCACUUGGUCUAUUGGGUGACUAUUGGUGCCGUUGACGCCCUCCUCUAUCUACCGGCACUAUUCCUCCCUUACACCAGGAGGUACAAAGGCUACCUAGCACCGCUGGCGUGGUUCUUCUCAUACUUGUGGCUCACAGCAUUCAUCUUCUCUUCCCAAGAUUACAAUUUCAACCACGGCAACCGGGGUAAUUGCGACAAGUCUCCAAGCGGCGUCAACAAGUGUGGAUUGAAAAAGACCCUCGAAUCUUUUGCUUUCAUUGCAUUGUAG